AUGAAGGUUCGAUUGUCCGCUAUUGAGGGUUACUUUUUUCAUCGAAGCAAACUAAAUCUUCAUUCUUGUUUUUAUGUGGGAGUCAAACUCAAUAAAUUACCUGACACACGUCAUCUGAUAACAGCUCUUAAAUACACACUCACCCAACAUGAACGUUUGACAUGUAAUGUGUUUUAUGACGAAUCUGAGAAUGAAUAUUUCCUACAGAACAUUGACAAACCAUUCAAAUUUGGUGAUAUUGUAGAAUACCAUCACAAUUGGAACCAUCUAACGGAGGUCGAGAUAAACUACAUCUUUCAAAACUAUAACUUUUCCUAUAGUGAACACAAACCUUUAUGGAAGCUGCUGAUUAUUCCUAAUCAAAACCAAAUGUUAUUGUUGACGGAUCAUGUUCUCAUGGAUGGCAUAUCCGCUGUCCAUGUAUGGGAAACGUUUAUGGAGGGUUUACAAGAGCAACAGCUGAGGGAAAACGAAACUGUUUAUUCCCCUGUAUUAAGUCCUUUGAACGAAGAAUUUAUAUUAGCCCCUGUAUACGGUGAUUGGCCCAUACCUUGGAAUUGGCAUGUAAUACGUCAAUUAGCCAGCAGACUAUAUUAUUGGUUUCCUCAAAUAAUUGUAUCCAACAAUAAGAGCUUAAUACAGUUUGCGAACUACACUUUUCCAAAAGACCUGCUGGAGGACAACCCAAUUAAUGAGAGUCACACAUAUAAAGUAAAAAACACUAACUGUCAUUGGGAAUUUCAAUUAUCUCCAGCACACCUCAAAACGAUUUUGCAAGAAUGCAAGAUCCAUAAUACCUCCUUAACGUCCCUUCUAGGAGCCUUAGUAUGUAAGAGUUUUGAAGAAACAGCUGUACAUGAUUAUACAGGGUCAUUUUUGAAAAUCGAGUUGCCAAUGAAUACUAGAAGUUCUUGUAAACAAAUCUUAAAAUUACCUUCAAAUGACGAAUUAGCUGUAGGAAAUUUAAUCGCAGCUAUAGAGUUCAAGCAUAAACUGCACCGAGGCCUUGGAAUAUGGGAUAUCUCGGCUCAAAUCCAAGAAACUAUAAAAAGCAGUACUAAGGAUAAAGUAAUAGAUAGAGUUAAUGAAGUUAAGUUACUAGAGGUUAUCUCUUCCCAGCAAUUUAUUGAAGAUAGAAUAAACUUCAACAACGGACCCUCUUCUACAUUUGAAAUAACAAACUUAGGAUUUCAAGACUUUAAGAAUGCAUGCAAUACCAGUUUGCGAUUCCAUAUAAAGGAUGCCAUAUUCAAUGAGCCACAAAGUAUAUCUUCAAUUUUUACGUUAAGUGUGAUUUCUACCCCUGCUAACGGGCUCCAUUGUUGCAUCAGUUAUCCCAAUACUCUUGCUAAAGAACUAAAACCUAAUUGGCAAUAUAUGAAAGAGUACUUAAAUUUAUAG